AAUGUGUUCUUGCAAGAGUGACUCUGUUAUAAUGAGUUGCAUAAGAAUAUACAACGUUGCAUUGUAAUAGAGAUGUAUAGCUAUAGUUCAGCAGGGAUUUAAAUGGAACGAUUAGUUGACAAGCUUGUACAAUAUGGUGUGGUUAACUAGAUAGCAAGCUGCUGUAGCUAAUCAGUAUAGUAUGCACUGAUCGUUAUUAGUUAUUGACAGUUUAGGAAUUAUUCAAAAAUUGAUAUUAGUUAAUACGAAGGAGGAGAAUAUCCUGCCGUUAUGUCUCUGGCUAGCAUGGCCCUUUGUAGGACGACUAUACGCCAAGCUUCAAGAAUGCACUGUUUACAAAAGCAUGGAUGUCAUCUCCACACGCGUUCACCUGCAAUGUUCAGAACUGAUCACCUGUACACUGAUGAAGGGACCAUGUAUCCUAAUCGGCUCUUUCAAAGAAGACGAGGUCUGCACGGAUCUCGGCCAAUGAUGGCAACCAACAUACUUUCUGUUGAAGAAAUAUUUAGAAAGGAGUCGUUACAAAACUACCUGAAGAAAGUGGAUACAGAAUACAGAGACUGUCUGAGAAGUGUUAACUCGCCAGAGGGAAAACAGAAUUGUGAAGAGGAUCUGAAACGGAGGAGUACAAGAGUUGCUCAUUUGGCCCCAUUGGUUGACUAUGUCAAAAAGCUGGAAUUAAAACAGAAAGAGUGUGAGGAAAUCGAUGCUUUAUUGAAAGAUGAAGAUCCUGACAUACGAGAACUGGCAGAAAUUGACAAGGGUGCAUGUCAAGAGGCUAUAGAAGACCUUAGACAAAAGAUCCUCUCCUGCUUGAUUCCCGCUGAAGAAGUGGACGAGAGUGACCUGGUGCUGGAGGUUACCGCGGGUGUGGGUGGGCAAGAGGCCAUGCUCUUCACAGCGGAGGUGUUUGACAUGUACCAGAAUUUUGCUGACUUCCACGGGUGGCACUUUGAAACACUGGAGUACAUGCCGAGUGAAAUAGGAGGAUUGCGUCAUGCAACUGCUAGUAUCAGCGGGCCACAGAGUUAUAAGAAGAUGAAGUUUGAGAGCGGGGUGCACCGAGUGCAGAGGGUCCCCAAAACUGAGAAGCAGGGACGCAUGCACACCAGCACCAUGACUGUAGUAGUGCUGCCCCAGCCCACAGAGAUUGCUUUGACAAUUCAUGCCAAGGACUUGAGGAUUGAAACCAAGAGAGCAAGUGGAGCAGGAGGCCAGCAUGUCAACACCACAGACAGUGCUGUGCGAAUUGUGCAUAUCCCCACAGGUGUCGUUUCGGAGUGCCAACAGGAAAGGUCCCAACUGAAAAACAAGGAAAAGGCCAUGAAGGUGCUGCAGGCCAAGCUUUACAGCUUGAAACUGGAAGAAGAGACCAACAAGAGAUACCAGGCACGCAAAAUCCAGAUUGGUACUAGAGGAAGAUCAGAGAAAAUCAGAACAUACAACUUUUCGCAAGACCGAAUCACAGACCACAGGAUUGGAAAAACCCUCCACAACGUUAAAGAAUUUAUGCUUGGCGAAGAGCUUCUGGAGGAGAUGAGUUUGGCUUUACAACAGUUUUCAGAGCAGGAAACUCUGAUGGACAUCUUGGAGGAAAAUGCAUCAAAUAACUAGACAUAUUUUGUUGGGGAAAAAAAUAAAUAAACGGCUUCUGUCAUUUUCACUUGUAUAGAGAGCCAUAAAAUACGCAUAAGAAAAUGAAGUGCCCUUUUACUCAACCAGAGACCCCUCGUGUCCUCAACAUGGAGCAUUGUAACAAGGUGUCGCCAAACCAGACUUCACCCAGGAAGAGUGGAGCCAGUGUUGGCUUCAAGCUCCAUCCCCCGCCAUGUGUGAAGAUUAUUACCUUUGACUCCACUGAGAGUGUAAAGAGC